AUGGAGACAUCAACGUUUAAUUUAACAUCAGAAUGUUCGAAUAAUACAAACUCAAGUGUAAUACAAAAUAGUGUUGUGAAAGGUGGCUUUUAUUUUUUAUAUUUUACAAUAUUUACACUUGGAAUUAUCGGUAAUGCAUUAGUUUGUCAUGUUGUGUAUCGAAAUAAAGCAAUGCAAACUGUUACAAACAUAUUUAUCAUGAAUCUAGCAUUAUCCGAUAUCUUAUUAUGUGUGCUAGCUGUUCCAUUUACACCACUUUACUCGUUUAUGGGUCGAUGGAUAUUUGGACGUAUCAUAUGUCAUCUGGUACCGUAUGCACAAGGAACAAGUAUUUAUAUAUCAACUUUAACAUUAACUUCUAUUGCAAUAGAUCGAUAUUUUGUGAUAAUUUACCCAUUGCGUCCUCGAAUGAGACUUUCAACAUGUAUUGGAAUUAUAAUUGGUAUUUGGGUACUCUCAAUGCUAUUAACUUUACCGUAUGGUAUUUAUAUGGAAAUGAAACCAUGGUCAAAGAGUUAUGUAUGCGAAGAGAAUUGGCCGAAUGGUCGACAAACACAACGAAUUUUUGGAUCAUUUACAUCAUUUAUGCAAUUUAUUUUACCAUUUUUUAUUAUUGCGUAUUGUUAUAUCUGUGUAUCGAUACGUUUAAAUGAUCGUGCUAAAAUGCGACGUGGUACAAAUGCUCGACGUGAAGAAGUUGAUCGUGAACGUAAAAAGCGUACAAAUCGUAUGUUAAUUGCAAUGGUUAGCAUUUUUGUGAUAUCAUGGUUACCAUUAAAUUUAAUAAAUGUGGCAAAUGAUUUUUACGAGCCAAGCACAUGUUGGACAAAUUUACAUGUGUACUUUUUUAUGGGUCAUUGUUUGGCGAUGUCAUCGACAUGUUAUAAUCCAUUUUUAUAUGCAUGGCUGAAUGAGAAUUUUCGUAAAGAAUUUAAACAAGUGUUACCAUGUUUUGUUUUUUUUGGGCGGCAUCAUCAUCGUAGUUUGGGACGACGUUUAACGGAACGUACAACAAUUAAUGGUACGGAAACAAUACAAGAUACCUUAUUACAUUCCGUUAUAAAUGGUGGUGAUCAUAGUCCUAUUAAACAUUUAGAACCAAGGGAGCCACUUGCUGCACCCAUCAACAAUCACAUCACCAACAGCUCAUCACAUCAUCAACAGCAGCUGCAUGCGGCGAAUCGUGGUAGCAAUUUAUUUAAAGAAGAAUCAAUAUGUAUGACUGGAUUACCAGUUAGCCAUCAUAACAAUGUUGAAACGAUACCAACAUUACAAAUAUAA